CCAUUGUUGCUAGACUUAACGGCAGCGUCGCUUUCUAAAGGAACUACAAUUCCCAGGAAACACCAGAAGAAUGCUAUCAUAUGUUGUCUGGCAGGUACGUAUUCAUGAGGUCGUAGUCUCCAGCGCAGCAGGCUGAGCAGCAAAUGGUCGUGCUCGAUCUUGCUGUAGACUGUCAUGAUGGAGGGUGACAACAAACCAGUCUACGAGCAGAGCUUCAAUGCUGCUGUCAAAGUCAUCCAAAGUUUACCUUCAAACGGUUCAUUUCAGCCUUCCAAUGACAUGAUGCUGAAAUUUUACAGCUACUACAAGCAAGCGACACAAGGCCCCUGCAACAUUCCCCGUCCAGGGUUCUGGGACCCUAUUGGCAAAGCCAAAUGGGAUGCAUGGAAUUCUCUUGGGGAAAUGCAGAAGGAGGAGGCCAUGGCGGCCUAUGUGGAAGAUUUGAAACUGAUUCUGGAAAGUAUGCCUGUAACAAAUGAGGUCGAGGAGCUUCUGCAGGUCAUCGGACCGUUCUAUGAGCUCGUUGACGACAAGAAGAAGAUAAUGCAAGUGUCAGAUUUGAGCACAGGGUUUGGGAGCAUGCUAACAUCACCACCCAAAAGUGUCACAAAAAGCAUCAUCAGGACGAUGGAGAUGAACGGCAGCCUGGACAGUUACCCCAUCAAAAUAUCAGAAACUCCACAGAUUAAAUCAUUAGAUAUGAAAGACAGAGAAGAUGAUAAUGAAGAGGAAGAGAAAGAUGAAGAAGAGGAGGUUAAAGAGGUGAAAAAAGCCUCCCAACUGAAGAAAAGGGCUUCUGCAGGAAGACCUAAAGAACGGAUAUCUAAUGGAAGUAUCGGCCAACAUAAAGUCCUUGCCAAUGGGACGCAUGGGUCCAAGUCUGAUCUGAACAGACAGGAGUCAGAAGAAGACUCUGAAAGCUUUAACCACGAGAGAGACAUCAUAGAACUGAAUGGACACAUCAAAGCAGAAGACGUGUCCAGUUCUCAGCAUGUGGCCAGUGAUUCGGACAGUGAGGUGUACUGUGACUCCGUCGACCAGUUUGGUGGAGAAGAGGGAUCUGAGCUACAUGUCAGCCACUCACUGGACGUGGCCGAGGAGAGCCACAGCACACUGUCCUCCACAGGAGAGAUCAGAUCAGAAGAGGAACUGCUGGGACAGGAGGAAGGCGUACAGCACGGUGGAGAAGACGGACGGAGCAGCAGAGGCGGUUCUCAGAGGCAGGGACUUCCUGCGAAUAGAAGUGACACAUCUGUGGUCAGGAGGGGAAGAGGGUCCAGGCCACCUGCCUUUGGCUCGGGGUCAGCGGGACCGCAGCAGGGCAGUGGGGGAGAUGGGGAACGCUGGGGGACGGAUGGAUCAGCAACACAGAAUCUAAAUGAACAGAUAAUGUGUGCUCUGGCCAGACUGCAGGACGACAUGCAGAGCGUGUUAGAGAGGCUACACACACUGGAAGCUCUCACAGCCUCACAGGCCAGAUCCUUAGCACUGCCAUCAGACUACCUGUCAACACCUGCAAAUAAAACGAAGAAGAAACCAUCCUGGUGGCCUUUUGACGUGUCUCCUGGGACUGUGGUGUUUGCUGUCAUCUGGCCGUUUGUGGUGCAGUGGCUCAUCCGUCUGUAUGUGCAGCGCAGGAGGAGGCAUGUUAAAGAUCGGCUCAUCUUGUUCCAGAAGAAUCAACUGACUGAUGGUUUGAGCGCUCUGCAGACCCAGAGGAGAGUUUGUCAGCCUGUCCCGAGAUCUCGAACUCCUGCACUAUGAUGACACCCCUGAGAAUUAGCAAACGGAAAGACCGAGAGUGAAUGUACGGCGAUGCAGCUCAUCACAAGCUUUUUUGUACCUUUUCUUUUUUAAUGUAACAACUUGCUAAGUCAGAAGUCCCCAAUUUCAGUAAUUAAAACUAGAAUUUCAUAGUAGUUAUGGAAAUCUUGUUAAUUGAAACGCACUAUUAGGGGCAUUCUAAUAACUUUCAUGUCAAGUGUAUAAUCAUUCAGUGUUCUGCGCACAUAGCUGCUAUCUGUCAUUAAUACUGUAGCAAAGUGGAAGAUGCAAAGGGGAUUUUUGCUUGAAUAUAUCUCUGAUUCCUGCCAUGUUUGAUAGAAAAGAGACCAUGUGUGGGGUUUGAGCUGUAAUGGGAAUAAAUCAGGAUUCCUAAAUUGUUGGAGGUUGUUGGAGUAAGAUUUUGAAAUGCACAUAAAUAUCUAGACUUAGCGCUUGUUCAAAUGAGCUGUGGUGCUCUUUAAAGCCAUAAUGAAAAAAAACAUGCAUAUUAAACUGACCCUUUGCUUUGGAAAUCUGAGAAAAGAGUCCGAAGGCAAUAUAGAAAAUGACGUUCUUCAUCUAUUCAACGUCCCAUCAUGAUUCCUGCCUGCAAAGAUCGGACCUAUUUGGUACCCUCAGAUGUGUGUAGGCACAAAGCCACACAUCUCAAUGUCUGAAUGAUGCCAGCUUAAAGGAACAGUUCACCAAAAAUUGUGAAUUUGCUUAGAAUUUACUGUCCCUCAGACCAAGGUUUCUUUAAUCAGAAACGAUUUGGAGAAAUCAAAUCACUUGCUCACAAAUCGAUCCUUUGGAGUGAAUGGGUGCCGUCAGAAUGAGAGUCCAAACCAUCACAGUAAUCAGAAGAAAAGCAUGUUUGUAAUACAAUAUCAUUAAGAUAUUUUACAUCAAUCUCUUGCUUCCAGCUAGCUAAUAUAUCUCUAUCAAUAAUAUUGCUUUCUCCAGUGAAGCCAUCUCAUCUGAAUCAGGAGGAUGUUUCUUACAAACACACAGCUUUUCAUUUCACAGUGUUUUGAGCAGCUGUUUGGACUCUCAUUCUGACGGCACCCUAUCACUGCAGAGGAUCCACUGGUGAGCAGUAAUGCAUUUCUACAAACAAACUCCUUUAUAUCUUGAAUGGUCAGAGUGUAAGAGAAUUUUUAUAGCAUUUUUCCGCCUUUAUUUUUGGGUGACCUAUUCCUUUAAAAAUGGAAUACCAAAAUAAGUGUCAUUCAUUUGAAAGAAAGACAAGCACACUUUUCAAGAAAAAACAUUAAAAAAAAAAAUAAUAAUGAUAAAGGGGUUGUUAAAUAAAUGAAUGCAGUGACAUUCAAACAUUAGUGUGGCUCAAGUGUGCAAAUAGUUUUUUGGGUCCAGUGUAUUUUGUCAGUGCAUUUCUCAGCACGGUUGCAUCAUUACUGAUGUUAAUUAAUGCUAUGGUGAAUUAUUACUGCAAGAUCUGUGUGCAUGAGAAGUUUCAAAUCUUUAUCAAUGUUUGCAGGAUGUAAUUGAGAAUCGAAAACUACCCGGGUUAAAUUGCAAAGCACUUUCAAUGAAUGUGAAGACAGUGACCGAUUAAGAGUUGAAAAAUUAACAUUUGUAAUGUUUAUAGCCCUAUGACUAAUAGAAGGCUGAAAUCUAAUGAAUCAUGUAAAUUACAUAGGUAGGUUUUUUUUUUUUUUUAAAUGAAGUUUUUUGUUUCAUUGUGGUUUGUGUAAAUUAGUCAAUAAUGUUAAUAAUUCCUUUAAUAAUUGUAUAUUAGAUAGGUGCAAAAAUAUAUAAUUUGGAACAAGUUCUAUUUUAAUUGUACUAUACUGUAAUGUAGCAUUUGCAUAUGUUAUUCACGUCUGUAAUACUUGGAAUCAUCUGUAGAGCAGGAGGUUCUUGAUUUAAUGCUUUUGUUCAGACUAAACACAGUAUGUUCCUAUUAAACAUUUCAAAUUUUGCCUUCAGUGCAGAUGAUCAACCCAUGUUUCUUCAUCGUCACGAUCCAUGUCAUUCAAUAUGUUAGACUACGCAUUAUUAAAAGCUUUUAAAAAUCU